GGGGCUUGUUUCUUGUCCCAAAAUGAGGAUUAUUUUAACGUCAAUUCUAAUUUAGUAUCAAGACAAUUUAUGUAUUUCGUUUUUAUCAUGACCAGAUCAAAAUUUAAUCAAAAAUACAAUUGAAGAAAAAUUACAAUAAUUUACUGAAUAAGUUAGUGAUUCGGCUUCCAAAUCCAGACGGCUUGUUACAUUUUGUUAUUAACGUUUAUAGAAAUGGAAAACGUAAAAGUGAAAAUAGAAGGGCUGGGGGCUAGUAAUAAUAAUAAUAAUAAUAAUAAUAGUUUGGGGAAGUGCGGCGGCAGUGAACAAAUUUCACAAGAAGAAUUGACAAAUAAUGUCAGGGUUAAAGAGGAGAAGCGCUAUAAUGAAGAUAUUCGAUCCUCUCAACAAGGAUCGUCUGUUCUAAAUGAUAAUCCUCCUACUAAUCCUCUAAACCCUCAACAAGACACUGUACCAAUCGUUAAUCUUCCAACUAAUUCUGUGAAUCCACAACAAAGAGCUGCACCAAUCGCUAAUUUUUCAACUGAUUCACUGAACCUAUCACAAAGGAAUAAUUAUGACGAAUUACUCAGAGACAUAAGAGAAAUUGUAAAAGAAGAGAUAAGACACGCUUUUGAAGAAAGUGCACGUAGAAUAGGGUGGAAUCGGAACAGAAGAAAUUGGCGUAGAAAUAGAAAUAGAAGAGCAAGGCGUCAGAAUAUAAUGGAAUGGGGUCAGAACAGAGAAGAAGUAUGGAGAUUGGAUGAAAGAGAAUUGCGAAGAGCUUUCAUAGAAAUGAGAAGAGGUGAAAGACAAAUGAGAUGGGCUGAACCAGAUCCUCGUUUUACAUAUUACACACCUACGAAUGCAUAUGAUUAUUAUUAUUCUAAUUAUUAAAUUUUAGUUUUUAAUGUAUUUAUUUUUUUCUAGUAUGUAAAAAAUAGCUCGGGUAAAAAUUUCUUCGAUUAAUAUCUCCAAUUGUACUUAAUCGCAUAAAAUUGUACUUAAUAAGAAAUAUUAACUAUGAGCUAAAAAAAUUUUAAAGAUGUUGCUGAUUAUUCUACUAUUUAAAUUUUACUUCAACAAAGAAUUUACAGAAAAAAGUAAAAAUUGUUCGAUUUGGGUGAGGGCACGAAUGGAAAAAUCUACCAGAAUGUUUGAGGGUUAGAUAUUUGCGUAAUCUUAAUGACUAGAAAAAAAUGUGACAAUUAGUUGUUAGUUGCUUAUAUGUAUAAGGCCAACUUUGUAAAGUUUUUCUUUAUUUUUCAUAUGUUUGUAUUUUUAAAGUUUAACCAAGUUAUAUUGCGGGUGUGGUGUAUUAUUAUUCAAGAUUUUGCGUUUACAUUUUAUUUAUGACGAAUUUAUGAAUAUUCCAAAAUAAUGUUUCCAACAAUAAUUGUUUAUAUUCUCUAAAGAAUAACUUUCUUCUUUAAAUAUUUCCACUAUCUCAGUAAUGUGUUGAAUGUUUUGUUGGGUCCUUUUUUGGGAUUGAAUUUUCGGGAUACUAAAUAAAAACCUUCACAUUAUACUGCCCUGGAAAAGUACCCUAAAUGCCCUGCUUCCAUCACAACAAAAAUUAUUAUCAACAUUUAUAUUCAAAAUCUAUUGAUUCCAAACAAAAUCUCCCCAAAAUUCUGGAAAGGGCAGGUCUCGAAAAAAAUCUAUAUCAUUUCAAAUAAUCAAUACUGUUGUUGCUUUAUCGAUUAUUUUUCAGUUUGUUGCUCCGAUUUCUUUACCUAGUCUCCACUUAGUUAACACGCAUUAGGCUUGUUUGGUAACUACCAUUAGGCGAAGAAAAAACAUUUAGGCGAAAAAAAUUAUUUGUUCGAAUUUUUUGUGUUGCCAUUAUUUUUUAU